CGGGAAUUGAAACCGCCUUGACCCUAGGAGCACCGGCCCCGCCAACUGGACUUCAGUGCUGCGAAGUGUUCAGCCUGGAAAGGGACCAUGGUGCGGCCCCAGAGACAUAAGAAGUCAGUUGACUACUCGCAGUUUAAUGACUCUGACAGUGAUGAUGAUUUUGUUGCGGCCACUGCCCCUUUAAACAAGAAACCCAAGACAAAAUUAAAAGAAGAGAAACCAAACCCCAAAUUGAAAACUCUCCAGAAAGAAGACAUAGCUCAAGAGGAAACCCCUAAAAAAAGGAUGGCUCUGGAUGACAAGCUCUAUAAGAGAGACUUAGAAGUUGCCCUGGCGCUGUCCGUGAAGGAACUUCCCACAACCACUGUUGACCUGACGGAGUCUCCGGAUAAAAGUGUUGAAAAACUUGACAGUGAUGGAGUAGAAACCAAGUCCCCCCAUAUCUCCAAUUGCAGUGUUGCUGGUGAUUAUUUAGACCUGGAUAAGAUUACCGAGGAAGAAGAUCUUCACGGUGUUCAGGGAAAAAGAAAAGCGGCGUCUAAAGCUGUGGCCCAGCAGAGAAUGAUGCUUCUAGAGGGCAGUGAUGGGGAGAGAUCCGAGGAGUCUGAGCCAGACUUUGCGACGGGGGAAGAGUCUGAGGAUGAUUCUGACUUCGGAGAGAGCGACGAUGAGGACGAAAACUUCACUGUAAGGAAAAGUAAAGAAAGUAAAGCUAAAGACGUGAAAAAGAAAGAAGCGAAGGUAAAACCCCCCGUUGAAAAGAGAGAGAAGAAACCCAGAUCAAAAUGUAAGGCUUUGGCGACCUCGGUAGUCUCUGCUCCAGCUGCUGUCAAAGCAGAAUGUCUGUCCCCGUCAAAAACGGGGUCUCUUUCUUCAGCGGCCCCUAGAACACCACUGCAAACACACAGUUCUCCUGCCGCGAGCAAGAGACCCAGAUGGGUCCCACCAGCCGCGUCUGGAAGCAGCAGCGGGGGCCGCCCCCCGGCAGCCGUGUCCAUGAAGUCUCCGAGCCAGAGUCUCCGCCUUGGUCUGUCCAGGCUCGCCAGGGUUAAGCCUUUGCAUCCCAAUGCCACAAGCGUCUGAGUGUGCUCGGAAAGAAAUGGCUGG